GGGAUGAUCUCAAUCACGUUGCCGUCAAAGGCUUUCGACGGACACGAGAAUGGAAGAAGUGUUCAGUAACAGAUACCGUCAUUGUGUAUAGCUAUGAAAGAAAUACCAUACAUCUAGCCAUGAGCAGGCUUCUCUCUUCUCGUCCAAAAUGUGUUCCGAUUAAAUCCACGCAAAGACGACGUGUAAGACGUCGCCUUGCGCAUCAGUCAGUGUCGAAAAAGAUCAAUGGCAUAUUCGUCAAGUCGUGCCGGGGUGAACCAAGCUCAAAGGAGCUCAAGACGACCAACUCUUGGUGGUGGUGCUGCCGCCGUAGCUGGGUGGCGUGGGAGUGCUCGUCCAGCCGCCGCCACUGGUGAUGGUCACCGUCUCCGUCGAGCAGGUCUCUUGCGCCGUAACGGUCGAGACUUUGCUCACGGUGAUGGUGGAAGUGGGAGGCGGCGUGACGGGGCCGACGGGGGUGGUUGCACAGCUGGUCACCGUCUCAUGGCAGGUGGUUGUGCUCGUCACCGUCGAGACUCCGCCGGUCGGGCAGGUCGAAGUUCCCUGGACGGUCGUCGUGAUUGUCGAGCCAGCGCCGCUCUGGGUGACGGUGGCGGUGGUGGCUUUCGGGCAGCUCGAUGUGCCUUGAACGGUCACCGUGGAGGUUGCUCCGGUGCCUUGAACCGUCGUCGUCACUGUGGAUCCAGCACCGCUCUGCGUAACAGUGGCGGUGGUGGCCUUUGGACAAGUCGUUAUGCCUUGAACCGUCGUUGUGACCGUGGAUCCAGCACCGGUCUGGGUAACCGUGGCUGUCGUCGCCUUCGGGCAGCUCGAUGUGCCUUGAACCGUCGUUGUGACAGUGGAGCCAGCACCGGUCUGGGUGACGGUCGAGGCAGUGCAGACAGAGGCCGGGCCAACAGGCGAGCAAGUAGAGACGGUCGAAGUGAACGUCACCGUCACCGACGCUGUCUUCGUACCGGUCUCCACUUCGGUCGUGGUGUAGCCCUGCGCAGUUGCGGUCUGGGGGAGGUCAGUAUGUGUCGAAGAUGUGUGGGGAGAUCAUGCUUUCACAUACCUGGGUGAUGGUGACAUCAGAUGUGACGACCGAGGUCUGGACGUGCGUGUUGGUGCUUGUAACCGUCGUUGCCGAGCC